AGGAGUAAUGCAUAAACAAUUUAUCACCCGACCAGUUUUCAUCUCUCUUGCGCACAACGCAAAACAGAGAUUGCGAAGAAGUUUUAGUGAAGUGUUACUACUGCUUCCAGAGAUGUCUGAAAAAGGUAAAAGGAAGGACGACCAGGAUCACGCUUCCGACGGUGAUUCUGAGGGCCACGCGCCACCCAAAAAGUUCCCGAAGAGGGAUUCCGCCGACUCUGAUGAAAUCGUCGUCUGCGAGAUAUCUAAGAACAGAAGGGUGAGUGUGAGGAACUGGAAUGGCAGGAUUUGGGUGGAUAUUCGGGAAUUUUACGUGAAAGAUGGGAAGCAAUUGCCUGGAAAGAAAGGCAUUUCACUGAGCAUUGACCAGUGGAAAGUACUUCGGGAUCAUGUUGAUAAAAUUGACAAUGCUCUGACGGAGGAUUCCUAGGAAGGGAGAUCAGAUCAGAUGAAUACAUUAAUCUUAAUGCUAAGCUGCUAACUAAGGACUUUUUUUUUUUUUGGAUUUUUGGUUUGUAGUGCAACAGAGGGCAAUAUUUUGUAAUUACUUAGUACGAUGUUAAGAUCUUGUGACUGAGAAUAUCUUGGGGAUUUGGAUUUUUGGGGUUUUGGAAGUGAACCACUUAUUGAUGCCUGAAAAAUGCUUGACUGUGCUUUUGCGUUUCUAAUUUAAUUAGUGAUUAGAUGCUUACUUUCCCCUAUCGUCAAGAAUAUAUCAUAGGCAAUUGCUUUUA